ACCUCUUUUGCUUUUUGUUCCAAGAAAGAAAGAAAAAAAAGAAAAAGAUUCGUACUUUUUAACUCUAUAAGCUGUACAAUUUAAGUCCAUUCCCGGGUCCAUCUUUUUAAUCAGAGUCCCACCAAAUUGCUAUUUCUUUCUGAUAGUGGUGAUGGAGUUCUGAAAUUUAGAGCGCACCAACCCAAUUUAUGACACUUUCAUGAUUGUGUGCAGUGCAGGUUUGAGUAAUUAGACCAUAAGUUGUAAAAGCUCAAAUGGAUACACUGUCUAAUACAGAUGAUUAUGAUUUGGGUUAUCAACCUUCACUUUCUUCAGUGGAUCAAAAUGAUCAUUCAACCUCAGAAACUCCAGGGCGUUCGACACUGAGUGGCAGUCCUUAUGCUUAUUGCAGAACUAAUUCUGAGACCUCAGCCUUCUCAGAGCAAACAGAUGACAACAAUAGCUUUUCAAGUGAACCUUCUCCUUCUCGAUGGCCGGUAGCCAAAUCCAGAUCCCUUACCAGACUAGGCAUGAAACCCAAGAAGAAAACUCUCGACGAUAAACUUGAUGAUCAUGAAUCUACUGAUUUAGAGCUUGAAAUGAUGAAGGAAAGAUUUGCAAAGCUUUUGUUGGGGGAAGACAUGUCUGGAAGUGGGAAAGGUGUCACAACUGCAGUUACCAUUUCAAAUUCCAUAACCAACCUCUAUGCAACUGUAUUUGGACAAAAUUUGAGGCUAGAACCUCUGAAUCCUGAGAAGAAGGCUUUAUGGAAAAGAGAAAUGGAUUGUCUAUUAUCUGUGUGUGAUUUCAUAGUAGAAUUUAGCCCAAUCUUGCAAGAUUUAGAUGAUGGGACAACCGUGGAGGUGAUGGCGAGUACACCAAGAUCAGAUAUUUAUAUUAACCUUCCUGCAUUGCAAAAGCUUGACAUGAUGCUCAUAGAAAUACUGGAUAGUUUCGAAGAUACAGAAUUCUGGUAUGCAAAACAAGGGAGCAUGUCAGGGAAUUCAAUUCGUACAGGCUCAUUUCGAAAGGUUACUCAGAGGAAAGAAGAGAAAUGGUGGUUGCCUGUUCCAUGUGUAGAUCCACGUGGCCUCUCUGAGAAGGCAAGGAAGCAUUUGCAGCACAAACGUGACUGUGCUAAUCAAAUUCACAAAGCUGCCAUGGCCAUCAAUAGUACUAUUCUUGCUGAGAUGGAAAUCCCAGACACAUACCUGGCAACUCUUCCAAAGAGUGGAAAAGCGUGUCUAGGAGAUUCAAUUUACCGCUAUAUCUGUACUGCAGACCAAUUCUCACCCGACCAUCUUCUUGACUGUCUCAAUAUGACAUCAGAACAUGAAGCACUAGAGCUUGCAGACAGGGUUGAAGCUUCCAUGUACACAUGGAGGCGUAAAGCUUGUCUAAGCAAUUCAAAAUCAUCUUGGGACCUGGUAAAGGAUCUCAUGGCUGAAACAGACCGGAGUGACAAAAAUCAUGUCCUAGCAGAGAGGGCCGACAGUUUAUUGUUCUGCCUGAAGCAAAGGUAUCCUGAACUGUCACAGACAACCUUGGACACAAGCAAGAUUCAGUGCAAUAAGGACGUGGGGAAAGCAAUACUGGAGAGCUACUCAAGGGUGUUGGAAGGUCUUGCUUUCAACAUUGUGGCUUGGAUUGAAGAUGUUCUUUAUGUAGACACAACUAUGAGAAACGAACAAUAAAGCCAUAAGAAAUGGGUCCAACGUCAAAGUGGAAGACAUACAUGCUUUUCUCUGGCAGUUCAUCUCAACUAUUUUUGCUACAAACUUUCCAAGAAGGAAGAGACAGUGUAUGAUCCUAGGAAGUUUACUUGUACGUGCAUGAACUUGAAUUGUUAGCUGUGAUACGUAAAACAUUCUUUUUUUACAUUUGUUUAAUGAAUUUUAGCUUAACUUGUACAUUA